AUGAAAGAAGAGCCACUAAAUCUCCUUCUCUCCCAACCAGUCUCACCCAAAGAAAUCACUCGCCUACGCACCCAAAUUGAUACCAAAAACGAAAGACUCCAAGAAAUAGCCUCAGCAUUAGACCAACCCUCUCCUCCCCCAGAAUUAUCUAUUGCUUAUCUCCUUCUUAAAAGAGAGAUAGACCGAUUAAAACACUUACUCCAUCUAGUCGAACUCCAAAAGACCAAAACUCUAGAAAACCAAUGGAUCUUUGGCCAAGUCCCAGAAACUCAUUCACCCCAUCUCCAACGCUUCGCUACCAUCACCCGUGAAUACUUUGAACUCUGGCCAACUCUUUCUUUCCAUAAUCGUGAUCCACCCGCUGAAUACUACAUUCAUGCCCGAGCAAUUGAAGACUGUGGCAUUGUACAAAUGGGAAGUACCUUUGUGGAAGCCAAAAAAGGAUCUCUUUAUUAUGCCCGUAAGAAAGACAUUGCCCAUCUUCUUCAUACCGGUCUAAUGCAACCCGUCCCCCAAAGCAAAAUUUAA